CCCCACAUUAAAGAGGAACAGGAGGAACCGUGGACCAAUCAGGAUGGACAGCAGCUUCAAGGACUGGAGGAGGCUGAUAUCAAGUUCACAUUGACUCCUGUCGCUGUGAAGAGUGAAGAAGAUGAAGAGAAACUUAUAUCGUCAACGCUUCAUCCGAGUGAGAGGAAGGAGAACAGAGAAGACUGUGGAGGACCAGAACCAGCCAGGAACUCAGGACCUGAUGGACGUUUACAACCAGGUCCUGAGGACAAGGCUGAAGACUCUUCUGAGACUGAAGUCAGUGAGGAUGAUUGGAUGGAGACCAGGGAAACUCAGACUGGUUUAAAUACAAGAAAUAACAAACAGCCUCUAAGUGAAAUGGGAUGUGAGACAGAAAAAAAAACGUUUAGUUGUUCUGAGUGUGGUAACAGAUUUAGCAAAAGGAGCGAUCUUAACAGACAUACUAGGAGUCAUACAGGAGAGAAACCGUUCAGUUGCUCUGAGUGUGGUAAAAGAUUUAACCAAGGGGGCAAUCUAAAUACACAUAUGAGGCUUCAUACAGGAGAGAAACCGUUUAGUUGCUCUGAGUGUGGUAAAAGAUUUAGCAAAAGGAGCAAUCUAAAUACACAUAUGAGGCUUCAUACAGGAGAGAAACCGUUUAGUUGCUCUGAGUGUGGUAACAGAUUUAGCCGUAAGGACAGUCUAAAUGCACAUAUGACGAUUCAUACAGGAGAGAAACCGUUAAGUUGCUCUGAGUGUGGUAAAAGAUUUAUCCAAAGCGGUACUCUAAAUAUACAUAUGAGGAUUCAUACAGGAGAGAAACCGUUUAGUUGCCCAGAGUGUGGUAAAAGAUUUAUUGAAAGGGCGAAUCUAAAUAUACAUAUGAGGAUUCAUACAGGAGAGAAACCGUUUAGUUGCUCUGAGUGUGGUAAAAGAUUUAGCCGAAGAGGCAGUCUAAAUACACAUAAGAAGACUCAUACAGGAGAGAAACCGUUUAGUUGCUCUGAGUGUGGUAAAAGAUUUAGCAAAAGGAGCGAUCUUAACAGACAUAUGAUGAUUCAUACACGCAUCUGAACGCAUCUCGACGCCAAAACCACGCAGAGAUAAGAAUCUUUGUCUGAAAAUUCCUUUGUGUAACUCACGUGGCUUACGGCCAUUUUUUACUUCGACCUCAUGUUGUCAUUAACAAAGGCGUCCAUUUUGAGUAACGUGAAUGUACCACCAUCUUGAUUUCGAACAGAUUACGUCACCACGUGACUGUGUCAUUACCUCAUUGCCACUCCCCCUCUCUCUCUCUCUCACACACACACACACACUUAGAGACACUCACACACACA